AUGCGUUCCGGCUCGAAGCGCUACAUCAACCUACAGCACGAUGUCCACGAGACGACGCCCUGGUACUGGCGCUUCAUAGCGCUCGCUGCCUCGUGGAUGAUACUGGGAGGCUACCUCAUACUCCCAGGCCUCUAUGCGAAAGACCCGCAGCUCAAGUUCUCCCAAGCGGUGUUGUCCGUCUUCGUCGUCGCACUCCUCACAGCCGGAUACUCGUUCACCGCGCUGCUCUGCUUCGCUUGUCGCAAUGAGAUAUUCCAGGCCGAAUCCAUCUUCCUACCCGCCCUCACCUCAUCCGCCCUCGGCCUCCUCUCCAUAGCCUACAACUUCCUCUCCUCGCGCAGCUUCGAAUGGGGCACCGCCGCCAUAUCCGGCACCGUCAUCAGCACCACGUCGACCCUCCUCUACGGCAUCCUCCUCAUCUGGACCCACCGCCGCAUCGUCAAGCUCAAGGAACAUCAGGCUUCACGCGGGAACACGUGGUCUGAGCAGUCCUACUACAUGAACUAUCUCCAAAACAUGUACCCCAGCGCAUCACGCUCGCCCUCCGCGCCACCCGAGAUACCGCUCAGCGAAGACGACCGCAUAAAUCAGCAGAUGGCCAUGCUUCUCAUGAAGAGUGAUCCGGGCCCAAGCCCAGAUGCCAGCAGUGCCACGUUCAGAAUAGACCUCCCCGAAGAUGAGGAAGAGAGGCAGCGCAUCGCGAAUAGCCAAGAGUUGGUAGGAACCCCGCCGCAAGCACACCCCGAUGCCAGUCGGGGACGAGCAAACAGCCGGCCAGACAGCCUCAGUGAGCAGCAAGCAUGGGAGCGAUGGCAGGACCGCGGCCGGACAACCGAUCGACCCUCCAGCAUCGGCGCCCGAAGCAACCACUCGCGGGCUAUGAGCCGCGAGGAGCGGAGAAGAGAGAUUGAACUAGGGCAUGUGUAA